AUCACUGCGCACCUCAGUUACUGCUGAACCACAGAGGGAAGUGUUACACUAUGUCAUCCUUGAAAAAUGCCUUGCUUAGGUUGUGGCCCUUUAAAACGGAUACCACGGACAGCCACGCUCCUCAGUGUGGUCGGAAAACCGAAACUAGGAAAAUCACUCGGGUGUUGGGGCCGUGGGAGUCGUAUAUGGUGAGCCUACAGUCAAUACUUAUCUGGGAACGACCAGGGACAAGUGCGGCGGCGGUGGUGACUGUCAACGUUCUCUUUUGGCUGGUGGUGUGGAGUGAGCUGCGUGUGUAUUUCGUGCUGAGUGUAGCGGCCUUGGGAGUGUUCCUGCACCAGCAAUGGGUACACUCCAUCUGGCCCGAGAUUCGUGUACCCAAACCUGAGCCGGAUGAUUCUGAGGACUGGACCCCCGUGCAUCCCAGUGUGCUGUCCGUGCCGGAGAUCAGCCAGUAUGUGGAGGUCGCGCUUCGCUGGAUCAGGGAGAAUUACACUUGGCUGCUGCAGCUUCGUCGUCACCAGCCUGCUCUGUUUUGUGCCAUUAUGACCUCGGUGUUGAGUCUGUGCGGCGUGGUAGGCUACCUGGUGCCCGGUGUGGUGCUGGUGUACAACCUGCUUAUGCUGGCAAUGACGGGGCCAGGGAUCUUCCUCCACGUACUACCAGAUUCCUUCUAUGAGCGACUGAGCAGGAUGCGUGCUGCCCUGAGAGGGGACACUGCAGGCAUGGAGGCUUCCCAUGUGUCGCUGGACAGUGACAUCUCAGAGUUCAUGCCAGAGCUGCAGUCUCUGGAGGCUCAAGCAGCCUUGGAUGUGCCCCUCAUGAGUCAGGACCCUCUGGAGGUUGAACAGACUGAAGAGGCUGAAGGCCAGGCCAAAAAUGGUGGUGGUGCUUCUGCCAGGAGGCGCAAAGGAUGCAAGGGAUCCCCUGGAGAUGACGACUCUGCCGCCUCACCUGUGUCUGGAGCAGAUGAUACUGUUCCAUUCUACACUGGGCUGCCAGAAGACUUUCCAUCCUACGAUCAUGACAGUGUCGAUGACCUGGAUGAUCCAGAUAUUGACCUACCAGAGCCAUGCCCUCCCGUCCCCCAACCUAGUAUCCAAAGACACCCAGGGAACUCUAGUGACCGUUAUCAGAUGGAGUUUGUCUCCUCUCACUUUGGAGACAGUAGUGACGAGGAGGAAGCCUUCAUGGAAGGCCUCUCUUUUGAGCAACGAGGACAGCUGAGAGCAGAACCUCAGUACUCUCCACAGGCUCCCCCACAGUCUGCUCCAGCUGUGGAUCCAAUAGGCCAGUUAAUGAGCAGUGUCAUAGCUCAAAAUGCAGGCAAUGUUUUGUCUGCCCUUGGACAAAACUUAGUAACUUCUGUGAUAGGACAGGCUAGUGGGAUCAGUUCUCAGAUCCCACACACAGUCAGUCGAGAGACCAGUCACCAGCAGCCUCCUCCUAGAAUGUCAAGGUCAGUGGACUCUCAGCAGCAGUCCACAACAGACUUAGAGGACGAUUUUGAACUAAUUUCUGAUGAGGAAUGUCAGUGACGUCGACAGACUCGAAGGCACACCUUAAUGCGAUAAUACCGUCUUUGAUAACUGCAUUUAAAAAUUAACCCAGACAGAUAUCUUAUUUAAAACUCAUUUAGUUAUAACGGCAUAAAUCUUUUCCAUGUUUUAUAUUCGUACAGCACAUUAAAUUUUCAUAUCAAAGUGAUGGCUGCCUUAAAAUGUUCUUCAGAUUACCCACAAAUGUGUCACUGAACAGAACUGGUAACUGGUAACGGUGCAGUAUUUUUGACAAACUAGUAGCAUUUAUUUAUAUUCAUGCAAGAUUCAUAUAAGUAAUAUCUCAAAAUAUUUAUUUAGGUGAUGGUUAUAAUUUUUGAGUUUGUAAUAAAAGGAUUUGGAGACCAACCAUCUGAGAAUCCUGUCAGGGUCCUCUUAUCACAUAGUAUUACUGUUCCUAGCAAGCAGGAUGAGACACAUCCUGUGUCACUCUUGGUCAUGGAUGCUGCUGACAGUGAUUCUCAGAUGUGAUGGUGAGAAAGAAAAUGAAGGAUUUUAAAGACAGGGUGGCAUUACCACAACAACAAAAGAAA